CUGGAGCCAAGAGACCUGGGCUGCAGACGUGGCCCUCUGCCAACUUGCUGUGUGCCUUUGGGCAAGCCCUCACCCUCUCUGGGCCUCUGUUUUCCUGCUUUUCAUUGUCGAUUGAUGACACAGUAUGCUCGCUGGGGUGGUCCUGGCGCCACUGUCUGGGAUUCUGGCAGUUCACGGGAAAGAGAAACCUGAGUGUGUGGAAAAGGCCUGCGUGAAUCAGGGUUCUCCAUUCCAGGCCAACAGAAUCAAUAGCAGUUAUGUGUGCACGUGUGUGUGUGCGUGUGUGUGUUUUCCACACACCCCUGCGAGAGGGAGCUGAGAGUGCUGUCAACUAUAGGAACUGCGGGAGGGGAGAGGGGUUCCCAGGGCUCACCCCGGCACACUCCCCUCCUGGCUGUUGCUACAGAAGGCCCGGAUUAUGUGGCAUUCACACUGAGUGAGCAAACUUCAAAACAAAUCCUCCCGUUGGUGUUUUUUGAGAUAGGGGAAGGGGUAAAAGGCUUUGUCCUUGGUUGGAUGAUGCAGAGGCUGGAGGGAAAAGCAAAGGCUUCGUGGCUUCAGAGGCGCUGGGCUCUGGGCAGGCUCCUCAGCCCUGUGACCUGUGAGUGGCGCUGGGGCCGCAGCUGGGGCCGCAGCUGGCCCGGGGCCUGCAGUGGAGUUUGCAUGUAGCAGGGAGGCCUGUUCCCUGAGGACAGGGAAGAAGAGGCCCAGGGCCAUUUUGUCUAUUCCAUCUGGUGUCACUGUCUCCUGCAAGGCUUUGAAGCAAAGAUGCUGUAGCUGUGUCCCUGUGCCCUGGGAGGGGUGGGUACCUUAGAAGGUGCCCCUGCAUUGCCAGGGAGGGGGACGUGUCCAGGUGGGACCUGGUGCCCCCAGAAGUUUGCUUCCCAGCUGUUUGCUUGGCUUGUAACAGGUUUGUCAUAGAGGCUGUGUCGCUAGUGAGGGCCGGGUUUCCAGGCUAGCCCACAAGGGGGGUGUAAUCGGGACCCUGGGGGCCUUGGGGAAGGGUGGGACAGAGCUGGAGGGGCCUGGAGCCUGGGCUGCAGUGAGGUCCAAGCUGUGGGAGUGGGGACAGGUCAGGUCUGUCCCCGGCUGGAACCUGCCCUCCUCCCAUCAUCAAGCAUCGGGAGCCCCUCCUGCCUGUCGUGAGGUUUGAGUGACAUGACAAGGUGGCAGGGAGUCCCCACGGGCCAAGGGCAGGAGCAGCUCUUGUCACCGCUGCAUCUGGAAGCCAGGGUUUGUUGGGCGGCCGAGGCACACAUGACCGGCAUGCACCAAGUCCUCAGCUCGCCAGGCAGCCCUUCUUCCUGACCAGCUGCCUGCGGUUUGGCCGGAGCUGUGGGUGUAGAUGAUUGAGUUUCUUUUCUCACUUUCACAGCAGGCAAGGGGCAGCUCGCUGAAGGGUGUGAACACAGGGUCCCAGCCUGGGUCUCUCCUAUGCCCCUCUCCAGUCCCUAGCAAGCUGCUCCCCGGCCUGGGGAGGACUGGGAAGAGGCACUGGGGCUCCGCCUGGAGAUGGCAGACCCAGGGGCCUCGGCUGGGCACGCUGGGCCUCCCCUGCCUGGCACCCGGGGUCCUGCACCCUGCCAGGGAGUCCAACCUAAUCCUGGGUCUGCACCUGGGCCCUGCCAGCUGGCUCCACCACCUCCACCCAUCUGCCUCCUGCCCUCGGAAACCGUGGUGUGGUCUCUGGGAUCAGGUGAUUGUGGAAAAACACAGAGGACCAAAGCCCAGGGGAGGCUGUGGGGCGGGGCUGGCAGCAGGUCAUGUCCCUGGUGUGAGAGGUUGUGCGUCCUUGGAGGGUGCUCUGGAAUUAGUUGUCUGUACUGGAGUAGGAAGGAGAAAGGAGUGUCCACGAGGAACUUGCUGGAGUCGGACGGCCCAGAACUGCAGCUCGUGUCCCUCAAGUCUGAAUUAUUCCACUCCCGUGACACUCUGCUGUUCAACAGGCAUCCUCUACCGCCUCCCGCUGGGCACAGUUGGAGCAGCCUCUGUCAUGAGCUGCAGAGAGACGAGGCGGCGGCUGCUGUGCUGGGUGCAGUGAGGAGGAGGCCCUCGGUGGUGCCCAUGGCUGGCCAGGACCCUGCGCUGAGCGCGAGUCACCCGUUCUACGACGUGGCCAGACAUGGCAUUCUGCAGGUGGCAGGGGACGACCGCUUUGGAAGACGCGUUGUCACGUUCAGCUGCUGCCGGAUGCCACCCUCCCAUGAGCUGGACCACCAGCGGCUGCUGGAGUAUUUGAAGUACACGCUGGACCAGUACGUCGAGAACGAUUAUACCAUCGUCUAUUUCCACUACGGGCUGAACAGCCGGAACAAGCCGUCCCUGGGCUGGCUCCAGAGCGCAUACAAGGAGUUCGACAGGAAAUACAAGAAGAACUUGAAGGCCCUCUACGUCGUGCACCCCACCAGCUUCAUCAAGGUCCUGUGGAACAUCUUCAAGCCGCUCAUCAGUCACAAGUUUGGGAAAAAAGUCAUCUAUUUCAACUACCUGAGCGAGCUACAUGAACACCUUAAAUAUGACCAGCUGAUAAUCCCUCCCGAAGUUCUGCGGUAUGAUGAGAAGCUCCAGAGCCUGCACGAGGGCCGGAUGCCGCCUCCCACCAAGACGCCGCCCCCGCGGCCCCCGCUGCCCACCCAGCAGUUUGGCGUCAGUCUGCAAUACCUCAAAGACAAAAAUCAAGGCGAACUCAUCCCCCCCGUGCUGAGGUUCACAGUGACAUACCUGAGAGAGAAAGGCCUGCGCACCGAGGGCCUGUUCCGGAGAUCCGCCAGCGUGCAGACCGUCCGCGAGAUCCAGAGGCUCUACAACCAAGGGAAGCCCGUGAACUUUGACGACUACGGGGACAUUCACAUCCCUGCGGUGAUCCUGAAGACCUUCCUGCGAGAGCUGCCGCAGCCGCUUCUGACCUUCCAGGCCUACGAGCAGAUUCUCGGGAUCACCUGUGUGGAGAGCAGCCUGCGCGUCACCUGCUGCCGCCAGAUCCUACAGAGCCUUCCAGAGCACAACUACGUCGUCCUCCGUUACCUGAUGGGCUUCCUGCACACGCUCAAAGCUUGGAAGGUGGCAAGGAGAAGAGAACAGGCCCUGCCCUCACCUUGGCCCGCGUGGCCCCCUGCCCCUGGCUAGCCAGAAGACCUUGGGCAAGUCUCCUGUGCCCUGCAGACCCCAGGUUCCUCAUCUGUAAGCUGGAGAAAGGACUCCCGCUCCUGGGGGUGCUAUAAGUGUUGGCCGAGACGGACAGGGAGCCCUUCUGGGAGGCAAGCCCUUUGUACUCUUGCUGCCCUUUACGUGCUGGCUGGUCCCCAUCAUGCCCAGUUCGCCACCCACAGAGCAGAGGGCCAGAGAGGUCCCCUAGUUCCCACCGUCUGUGCUACAGCCCGUCCCCAAGAGUGCAUCUUCCCCAGACAGUGCAGUGGAAGAGGAGAUGGUGGGGUGUUGAGGCUGCCACAGAAAGUCAAGAGCCAGAGGGUCCUCCAGGACGUCGAGGCCAAGCCUUCCUUUCAUAGAUAGGGUAACUGAAACUCUGAGUGGGCAGGUGGCCGUACAGGGUCCCCCUACUGGCUGCUGGCUCCCAGUCCAGUGCUUCACUCUCUACAUCUGCCCCUCCCACAGUUCAGGAGGGAGUUCUAGGUCCCCACGGCCCUUGGUGUUCACUCCCCUUUUCUCAUUUGUGGU